AACGGAAACUCAAGCUUAACAGAAAUGCACGCAACUGGUACAACCCCCCGCCUUUCCGAUGGAGGAAUAUGUACUCCCACCCGCCUUUAUUUUUGCACGGUCCCUAUCGCUAGAUUGAUAGAUCUCAACUGAAGAACCGAACGAAUGAGAAAUGACGACUAGUACGGGUACGGGAUCGGAUGCAGAGGAGAGGAGCAACAAAGAUCAUGGCUCUCCCAACAAUAAUGCUCUUUCGCUGUUGAAAUCCUUCUUCUCAAUCAAUGGAAAUAAGAGCAAAAAAGUUGCAGACGGAGAAACAGUUGCUGACGGUGAUGUUUCGCUUGAUCCCCCUUUGCCGUUUCUCUCCACUCUCGCAAAUUCUGUCGCGUCUCGCUGCUCUAAGAUCCUUCACAUAUCUUUGGAAGAAUUGCAGAAUCGCUUUGAUUCAGAGUUGCCUGAUAAUCUUAAGCAGCCAUCGCUCUAUGCGAGGAAUUUUUUGGAGUACUGUUCAUAUGAAGCACUCCGUGAGACAACCAAACACACUAAUUAUUUGUGGGAUAAUAACUUUCGAAGAUUGACGUUUGACAUGAUGCUAGCUUGGGAGGCUCCAAGUAGAGAACAUGAAGUAGUUGAACCAGAAAGUUCUACUAAUGUUCAGGAAGGGGAGGACGAUGGCCGGUCAAUUUUUUACUCUAGCUCCACCAAGAUGGCUGUUGAGGUUGAUGAUAAAAAGACUAUUGGUGCAGAAUCAUUUGCACGAAUAGCACCAGCCUGUGUUGUUGUUGCUGACAUAAUAACAGUUGGCAAUCUUUUUGUUGCUUUGACGUGUUCAUCAGGUCAUCGACUUCACUUUCUUGUAUACGAAAAGUAUCUUCGAAGUCUUGAAAAGGUGAUAAAGGCUGUAAAUGCAGUUGCUUCUCAUAACAUGUCCAAUCUUUCGCUUAUGGAGGAUGAGGUUAUUUUAGAUGUAGAUGGAAUAGUUCCCACACAACCAGUAUUCCAGCAUAUUGGACUAUCUGCUUGGCCUGGACGGCUUUCUUUGAGUAAUCAUGCUCUUUAUUUUGAACCUGGAGUUGGUUUAUAUGACAAAGCUCUGAGAUAUGAUCUGGCGAUUGAUAUGGAACAGGUUAUCAAGCCUGAAUUAACUGGACCACUUGGCGCUCGCAUUUUUGAUAAAGCAGUGAUGUACAAGUCUUCAUCUAUGGCUGAACCUGUAUGCUUUGAAUUCCCUGAAUUUAAAGGAAGCUCAAGGCGUGACUAUUGGUUGGAUAUAUGUCUUGAAAUUUUACGUGCUCAUAAGUUCAUUCGCAGAUAUAACCUCACUGAUUGCGCGAGAUUUGAAGCUCUUGCUCGUGCACUUCUAGGGAUUCUUCGAUAUCGAGCAGUUAGAGAGGCUUUCCAUGUUUCUCCAUCCAAUUACAACACCCUGUUGUGCUUUAACUUGGCGGAAAGUCUUCCAGGUGGUGAUGCUAUAUUGGAAACGCUCUCAAAUCAUUUGGUAGUCAUGACUUCUGCUGGCCUUCGUCGUAGUUUUCUUGGCUCUCCAAAAGCUACAAAACAGGCCCCAGUUUCACACUAUAUGCUUCACAGACUUGGAAUUCUUUCAUUGAAGGAUGUGGUCAUGGAAGAUGUAACAUCUGAAGCUGGUAUUGCUUGUGUUGGUGAAACACAUCCUCUGGAAGUUGCAGUCAAGAUGUCCAGAAAGGACAUAGGGAGAGCUGAAGCUGCACAAGAAACUAUUGAUCGAGUUAAAGUGGAAGGCAUUGACUCCAAUUUAGCAGUAAUGCAGGAAUUGCUUUUUCCUCUUAUUGGAUUAUUAAAUCACCUUAAAUAUUUGGCAUCGUGGAAAGAUCCCUGGAAAUCAGUGACAUUUCUGAUGUGUAUUUGCUAUGCUACAAUCAAGGGAUGUAUUACUUAUGUACUGCCCAGCAUAAUGGUAUUGUUUGCGGUGGCGAUGCUCUGGCGCAGACUUGCACGGAAGGGAUCAACAUUGGAACCAUUGAAAGUCAACACUCCCCCACCUAAAAAUGCAGUGGAGCAGCUAUUAACAUUACAAGAAGCUUUCGCUCAAGUGGAGGCACUUAUUCAAGGUGGCAACAUUGUUCUACUGAAAAUACGGGCUCUCCUAUUUGCUGUUGUUCCUCAGGCAACUGAUAAGGCCGUACUCCUUUUGCUGUUCCUUGCUGUGGUAAUUGCUUUCGCACCCCUCAAGCAGGUGAUGCUGAUUUCAUUCUUGGAGCACUUCACAAGGCAGAUGCCUUUGAGGAGAAAUAGCAGUGAAAAGUUUAUUAGGAGGAUUAGAGAGUGGUGGAGCAGGAUACCAGCAGCCCCUGUUCAGCUUAUCAAACUGGAUGAUAAAAAGAGAAAGUGAUGGUUGAUGGAUUAUAUAUUCGGCAGCCAGUGAGAUUUCCUGAUGCUGGUGUUCUGUAGAUGUGGUCCAGUCCUCUUCCUCUACCAUUGCUCGAACUCUACUAAUUUUUAGGUUUGAGCUUUGUUCUUGUUAGGGGUGGGCAAAUCGGUUCAGUUUGACCGAACAAAACUGAACCAUAUGCAAUACGGUUUGAAUUUGGUAGUAUUUCUUCCAAACCAAAGUAAACCAAACCGAACCGGAACCAUUGAAAACUGAAUAAAACCGAACGGCACUAAAAUACUUGAUAAACUCUUGAUACAUUUUUAAAAAAAAUAACAAAUCCAAC